GGGGCGGGCCUGCUUCCGAGCGCGGUCCUGGCGCUGCCAACAUGGAGACCUUGUACCGAGUCCCGUUCCUAGUGCUCGAAUGUCCCAACCUGAAGCUGAAGAAGCCUCCGUGGGUGCACAUGCCGUCGGCUAUGACGGUGUACGCCCUGGUGGUGGUGUCCUACUUCCUCAUCACUGGAGGAAUAAUUUAUGACGUUAUUGUUGAACCUCCAAGUGUUGGCUCUAUGACUGAUGAACAUGGGCACCAGAGACCAGUGGCUUUCUUGGCCUACAGAGUAAAUGGACAAUAUAUUAUGGAAGGACUUGCAUCUAGCUUUCUGUUUACAAUGGGAGGUUUAGGUUUUAUAAUUCUAGACCGAUCCAACGCACCAAAUAUUCCAAAACUCAACAGAUUUCUUCUUCUAUUCAUUGGAUUUGUUUGUGUCCUAUUGAGCUUUUUCAUGGCUAGAGUAUUCAUGAGGAUGAAACUGCCGGGCUAUCUGAUGGGUUAGCGUGCCUUUUAAGAAGAAGCCGAUACUGGAUUGCUCCUGUUAAUGAAGUUGUGGAGGCUGUACCAGUCAUCCUGAUGAAGUGAGGAACAGCAGUGAGGGAAAUAUCGCCUAACGGAGGAAGCACGGUAAAGCGUGGACUGUGGCUUCUUCCUGGGAUCAGAGACAGUUCAUCACAGUAUUUGUUCCUGCUGACCUACGCUGACAUACCAAUGAUGAUAAGUGGCAUUUUCUCCUUAGCUUGUCAUUUCUUAAAGAAAACAUACUCCUGAUACUGAAUAAAGUGAUUAUUUUUUACAGCCCCUGCAACAUUUUUUGGAAAUGACAUUUUUCAGAACUUGAUGUAAAAUCAGAAUGUGCGACCCCGAAGCUAGGAGCUCUGGGGAGCUGGCCGGCUCUGCUCUGGGGCUCUGCCUUUACAGAGUGUGUGCUAGUCUGCUAGUUCCCGUCUGUGCGGGGAGAUUGCUUCCUGACCAAUGUGAUGUGCGAAAGGAGCAGAAAUAAAGACUUUUUCUAAAUAACA